CAGCAGCAAGCCAACAUGGGAAGCGCGGGGGCGCUGCUCUCCCACCCGCCGCCGCAGCUCGGCGGCGCCAUCCUCCCACGUCGCCACCGCGUCUCCCUCCCCCGUCUCCUCCCCUGCGCGCCCGAGCCCCUCCACCACCGCCGUCGGCGCCUUCGCUGCUCCGCCGUUGAAGGGGAGAACGAUUCGCCGGUGCCUCAGAGAGAGGAGUCUCCCUCCACCAGCCUCCAGCUCCAGGAUCCGUUUCCGAGCCCUGUCGAAAAUGGUUCCUUUGGUGGUGUCGCACAAAAAGAAGAUCCGAGUUCUCUGUAUAAUUUUCUUUACCCGAGCAAAGAGCUACUUCCAGAUGAUAAGGAAAUGAGUAUAUUUGAUCAUCUAGAGGAACUCCGUGAGAGGAUAUUCGUAUCAGUAUUGGCUGUUGGAGCUUCAAUACUUGGUUGUUUUUUCUUCUCCAAAGAUAUAAUCAAGAUUCUAGAAGCGCCUGUUAGUGUUCAGGGUGUCCGGUUUUUGCAGCUCUCGCCUGGAGAAUUUUUCUUUACAACAUUGAAGGUCUCUGGUUAUUGUGGUCUUCUAAUCGGAAGCCCUAUCAUUUUGUACGAGAUCAUAGCAUUUGUUCUCCCAGGUUUAACCAAGGAUGAGCGGAAAUUCCUAGGGCCCAUUGUUUUGGGUUCUUCAGUUCUGUUCUACCUUGGCAUUUUAUUCUCCUACACUGUCCUUGCUCCAGCAGCGCUGAACUUCUUUGUGAACUAUGCUGAAGGGGCGGUGGAGUCGAUAUGGUCCAUAGACCAGUACUUUGAGUUCGUACUUGUGCUUCUUUUCAGCACAGGGUUAUCUUUUCAGGUCCCUGUGAUCCAGCUUCUGCUGGGGCAAGUUGGAUUGGUUUCAAGCGAACAAAUGCUAUCAAUCUGGAGGUACGUUGUUGUUGGCGCGGUGGUGGCCGCUGCUGUGCUUACGCCCUCGACCGAUCCCUUGACGCAAAUGCUCUUGGCGGGUCCGCUGCUUGGUCUGUACCUGGGCGGAGCAUGGAUGGUCAGGCUAAUUGGGCGCUAACUGCGACAUGGCCUUAGCGGUCUUUUGAGUGUUGUGUGAGCAGUGUAGUAAAAAAUCGUAGACACGGUGAUUGUUUCACUCGUGGUCACUGUUUGUAACAUAGUUUGUAUAAAAUUAACUCGGAUCCUCUUGAGUGGAAAGUUAUACGGAGUACCAGGAUUUACUUG